AUGGAGAUUCGCCUCAAAUUCGAGGAAGAAGUUCUUGAAUUCUACAGAAAUGGAGAAAUCAAAUCUGCUCAGUCAAAGAAAAAUCCACAGAGCACAUUUCCAGUCAUCAAGUCCACUGUUGGAGGCUCAAAGGUGAAGCUUUCGCAGAAGAAAUUGGGAAGAAAGCUUCGCCUUCCCAAUUCUGGAGUUGAAGUUGGAAAAUUUCCAGUUAAAAAUCUGGACUGGAACAUCAUUGGAAUUUCUGGGCGAACUCCUUCUGGCCCAGCAAAGAAAGCAGAUCUGAACAACGAUUACAAAUUAAUUUUGGAACUGGUCAUCGCCUGCCUCGAAUGUGGGAGUGGAGGUCAUGCCGAUGACAUCACCCAGGAGAGAGCCUUCAUCAUCAAUGCUCUCAUUACCAAAACUAAGUCUAUGGGUAUUGCUUCUAAAGGAAAGAAGUAUGGAGAAAGAUACUGGCUAUACUACUUAUCCUCCAAAGGAGAAAACAUAGCCAGUGCCAGUACCACUGCAGAAGAUAGCUCAUCAGAUAAUGUCCUACUCAUCCAUAUGGCAAAGACUGCCAAAAGAAAGCAAGUGGUGUCCUCCUCUCCCUCCAUUGAAGCACCACAGAAUCUUGCCUUGGUAUGUUUGGAAGAAGAAGAAGUCUCUGACCAUGGAGAACUUCAAAGGAAGAAGAAGAGAAAGAUCAACUCUUCAUCAACAUCCAAAGAUGUCGAUUCGGAUGAGUUGAAGGAGAAGGAAACUGCUGAGGAAACCUCUAUUCAAAACCAGUGCCCUCAACAAUUUGAAGAAGAAAUCCCUCCAGUCCAAAGCCUUCCAACCUCAUCUCAGCCUCAUACAGAUGAUGCUGACAACAAAUUCUGGCAGCUCUACUAUAAUUGGAGAGCUUGGAAAGUUGGAAAUUCAGAAGAGCAACUGUUGGAUUGGGACCAACAGCUGAAGAAUGAAAAGAUUAUCAAGAAAUGCCUAGG